AUGCGGGACCUCCUCGCAGCAGCGUUACUUUUGAAUUUUGUAGUAGCUGCCAACAUUGGACUCAAUUUUCCGUGUAAUCGCGAACUGAAUGGUUUGUUGACUGCUGAUCCUGACGGAAAUCCCAGUGUUUUCCUCUCCUGUCAAAUCUCAGAAACCAACGACAAUUCAAAAGGUUACUGGAUCCGGAAUGUUUGCCCCGAUAAUAUGGUAUUCGACUUCAUGAAGCAGCAAUGCCGACAACAAAAGUACCGUAGAACCCCAACAUUGAAUAUCGCAAUACUCAACAACAGUUGUGCCAACGGUGAAGUCUGUAUUGGUGGUACGGUGUGCGACUUGAAACGACAACUAUGUCUGUGUCCUUACGGGACCGUACCGAGACUGGAGACACUGUCGUGUGUUAAACCUCAAUCAAACAUCCUACCUGAAACGUCAUCAUAUGCUUUCAACUCGUUCGAGAACAAUGAGAAAUCGCAUUUCAAAGGGACCAAAAAAUUACAAAAACGCAUGAUCAACGUGGAUAAGUUUUCUUCUGCACUCUUCUUUCCUUCUCAUACAGCUCGUCCUGGACAGUCAUGUCGUGAAAACGAAAUCUGCACGGGCGGCUCCAUUUGCACGCAUCCGAUUGCACUUUGCCUUUGUCCCGGAGAACUGGAAGAAAGAGAUGGUGAAUGUGUUUUGCCGCCAACGGCUACGAUGCAAAUCACUAAAGGUCUGAUAGCAUUUCUUUUCCUCGCAUCACUGAUGCCAAACCAAGAAGCUCACGCCCAGUACUAUUCCACAACGAUGCCACAAACGAUUAAAACGUUCGCUAAAUCAAAUCGUAUGAUGGUUUCAUCAGUUUUGAUAUUGAUUAACCAUUGUGAUCUGUUCGUUGAAGGUAAGAAACAAUCUGGUGCGGGGGUGAAAUGUUCGCUGAACACCGACUGCAUGAUCGGAGCCUAUUGUAAUGGAAACACGGAUCCACCAUCUUGUCAGUGCCUUUCUACUCACGUCGACGUCGACGGGCAUUGCGAACGAGUUCUUUACCCGGGUCAAAUUGGGUGUCGUAGCGACAUGCAGUGUACUGCAGCCUAUACAGGGACGUCCUGCGUGGAUCGUAUCUGUGUGUGUCCUGUAGGAUUCAAGGAAGUCGAUCAGACUUGUGUCUUUGUUUCAGAAAAAGCAGAUGCUAACGAGAAGUGUGGUUUGCUCAACGAUUAUCCGCAAUGCUCUAACGGUUUCCUGUGUAUUAACAAACUUUGUCUCUGCCCUGAUACUUACUCACUCAACAAUGGAAUCUGCUCAAAUAAUCAACCUGACCAAGAAUUAACCUUAUGUGAUGAAGCAUGCCAGCCUCCACGAUCGUGUGUAAAUAACCGUUGUGAAUGUGUAGAUAUAUCAUGUUUGCCUUUGAAAAUGUCACGAAGCCGUCAUCGUGGUCGACGCCAUAUCAUCGAAAAGUCGAUGGUGUGCUGGCCAGGUGCUGCACAAUGCAGCGCUGGAAACGGAGUCUGUGUGGACAACGUAUGUCACUGCAUAAACGGAUUUGUUGAGAGAGAUGGUGCUUGUGCUCCAGAAAUCGUUCGUCUUAAUGAGAAAUGCGAUCCGAAUCACAUUUCGCCACGAUGUGCGGACAAUGCUGUUUGUACCAAUAAUGUCUGUACUUGUGCCAUACCUGGUGGUUGUACUGCUGAGCCGUUUGUGAUGGGACCCAGGUUCAGCGAUGGUCGCUGCCAGACGGAUAGACAAUGCCCAGAUGGGCGAUGUAUAGCUGGGAGAUGUCAAUGCAAUGACAGAUUCACUCUGCAGAGUGGUUCGUGUACAUCACUAACGGAAGCCUUCAAGAACAUCAACAGUCAAUGUACGGUCGGAGAUCGAUGCUCUGGUGGAUCCACUUGUCGUGGCCACGUUUGCCAGUGCGUUGAUGGGUCGAUUGAAUAUCAUGACCGCUGUCGUCAGUCACCAGGCGGUCGAUGCACCUAUGGUCAGACUUGCGACGGAGGUUCGAUUUGCGAGUUCGGGUUAUGCCGAUGUCCUGUUGGUAACUUUAUUGACGCUGGAAGGUGCGUUGUGGGCACUUCUGUUCCAGGCAAGUCAUGUCAACAUGGUCAGAAGUGCGUUCAUGGCAGUGUGUGCCGUUUCGGAAUGUGCAUGUGCAUUGCUAAAUACACUGCGUCGAAAGGAAGGUGUGUAAGAAGGGAAAACCUAUAUCCGACUACAACCAGCGUUACGUCAUCGAUUCCGAUAGGAGCCGUGAAAAGCCCAGGAAUUAAAUGUAAUGACAAAGACUUAUGCUCUGGUGGAUCGCAGUGUCGAGAGGGCUUCUGUGUGUGCAAAGAUUCGGAAGUGAUUAUCAAUGAGAUGUGCGUUGGUAGUCAUGAACAGGCAAACGAAAUCAUCGAAAAACUGCUCAUUGCUGCUCCUGGGCAGCCAUGUGAUGCUCGAACGAAUUGUACUGGAGGAUCUAAGUGCAUAAAUCGGAGUUGUACUUGUGGGAAUGGAGUUAUUGAUGAUACAGGAACAUGUAAUGAAGGAAAUAAAGUGUAUAGCACAAGUGCCUCAGCGCCUAAAAAAAACAGUGGUUUAUUACAACCCGGCACAAUCUGUGCUCUUACUAUCGAGUGCCCGUAUAGGACUGAGUGCCUUAGAAGCGUGUGUAGAUGUAAGAAAGGUGAAACGAUUGUAGAUAACACGUGUAGGAAAGCGAUACAUCAGGUGCUUCCUGGAGGAAAAUGUGACCCACGUAAAGGCUACGACUGUGUUGGAGAGUCUCAGUGCUUUUAUGGUAUCUGCACGUGCACUAGGCAUCUCAUAAACAACGGCAAAGAGUGUGUUACAAUGGCUGAAAUGGUGAUGGUGAAUCCAGGUAUUAGAUGUGGUGUUGAACAGAUUUGUAGUGGUGGAGCCAGCUGCAUCGAUGGCGUAUGCAAGUGUCCACGAGGCGAAGUUCCAGAUGUAAACAACAAAUGCGUCAGGAAAUCACAAGUGUAUGCAGUUUUUAACAAGUUUCCGACGUUCACCGAAAGAACAUUGCCUUACAAUCCUUAUCCUACCAUGGGAUUUUAUCCAAAUCCAGUAGUAUUUACGAGUACGUCACAAAAUCUACUGAUACAGGCAGAUAAAAUGAAAGAGUCCAAAGUUUUUGAAGCCUCACUAAAGUCGAAUCCAAAUGCUCUAGAAUCUGGAAAAGAUCAGGCUAUAUAUGCCCAUAUUUGUAAAGCCAACGAUGAUUGUCCAGUAAAUGCAUUUUGUUUUCAACAAUUAUGCAGAUGUUUGAUUGGAUACCAAGCGAACGAAAACUAUUGUGAGCCGAUCUCUGAAGGCUGUAUGAGCUCGGCGGUAAGCCCUAGAAAACCCUGCGAUGAAGUAGCGUAUCCCGGAAUGGAGUGUACCAAUGGAGAGAUCUGCUCCUAUAAUAGCUACUGUAACCUGGUUAGUGGAGUUUGCGAGUGCCCAAAUGGUAUGGCAACGAUAAACAACCAGUGCGAGCGAACAACGUCGACUCCAGGAUUGGCUUGUGUUACAUCUCGAAACUGUCAUAGGUCAAGCUAUUGUGAUAAUGGCUUAUGUCUGUGUAAAGUUGGUUACGAAUUACUUAAUAAUUUUUGUGUCCCUAUUGCCGGGAUACCUACUGAAAGUGUGGAGAACGUUGUAGAAUUUGACUUAAAGAAGCCGAAAUCACAAGAUUUACAAUCAUUUCCUAAAACAAGCGAACAAUACGCAACAGCAAUUCUUCCGUUGGAUUUAACAAAACCUCCUUUUUAUUAUCCGACCAAAUCCGAGCCAAAAUCAAUUUAUGCAAAUUCUGACCUGCAAAAACCGCCUCCAUCAUCAUUUUCACAUCCUUCGACUCAUUCGGAUAAUUUUGGAAGUUUUCCUAUUCCAUUUGCGAAAGGUGCCAGCACAAAGUCCGGCGAUGUAAUCUCUGACGUAAUAAAAGCUCCUCUGAAACUUCAAGUUUCGCUACCUGGAGAUUUCUGUGGUGAUAAUUCCAUUUGUAUCGCUAAUUCCAUAUGCCAAAAUCAAUUUUGUCGUUGUCCACAUAACACUUUCGCUGAGAAUGGGAUCUGUACCAUGAAGGAACGAAUGGGUUUUAGCGCAAGACACAAUGACGAACGGUUCAUGAGCCAAGAGGACACCAAUGAGGAUCGGCAGUUCGCCUCUCCACUGGAAAACUGUCAGAACUUUGAGUUCUGCACUGGUGGGGCCGAAUGCUCGAAUAUCCAAGGGAUGGGACUGGUUUGCCAGUGUCCAUUGAACACAGUUCUAUUGGAAGGUGAGUGUGUUGAAGCACCACGGAAUGUGAACCUUGCUGGAAUAGGAGAGUUGUGCCAAAUUGGGGAGAUUUGUCUUGGUGGAAGCAGAUGCGUGCAGAAUAUCUGUAUGUGUGAAGAAAAUAGGCGUGAUGUACUUGGGAUAUGCGUAAGGACGGUUCGACCUGGAGACGAUUGCAGUGAUGGGCAAAUCUGUGUUGAUGGAUCAGUGUGUGCAGCAUCACUGAAAAUAUGUAUUUGUCCACCAGGACGGUCAUCGAAACUUGGAAGAUGUGUGGAAAGUGAAAAUUUUCUAGAUUUUCACCGAACGUCCGGUCCAGGCACUACUUGUGGCCCCCAUUCUAUUUGCAAUGACAACUCGUUUUGCAGCGGAGGUGUGUGCGUAUGCAAAGCAACGUUCGAGAUCUUAGAUGGAAGAUGUGUUUCUAGUGAAAUCCUCAAACAUCCAGGAGACGAAUGCUUCUCAAAACACGUUUGCAGAGAUGGAAGUGAAUGCAGAGAUCAAAUUUGCACAUGUCCAAACGGCCAACUUCUUAUCGAAGGAAAGUGUGUCAGAGUAACCAACGAAGUACGCAGGAGACCAACUAAUCAGGAAUGUAAUACAGAUGCUGACUGCACCAAACAUUACGAAUGCGUAGAUCAGUUAUGCGUUUGUCACGGAACGCUCACUCAUUGCCUCCAAAUGAUGUUCGUUGGAGACGGUGUUUCAUGUAGUGAAGAUAGCCACUGUCCCGAACACGGAAUCUGUAACGAAAGCGUAUGCGUUUGCAACGGCGGCUACGAAAAUAAUCAUGGCCUUUGCAGUCCACAUGACCUGCAUAGAGAAAACAAUAUCAUUGUAGGGUCGAAAAAUCCUAACGAUCUUGGGUUUGCAUCUGUGACAAGCUCGGAACCCGGUGCUUCAUGUUCCGAAACAAAAACUUGUGUUAUGGGGUCGUUAUGUCUGAACGGAUAUUGUGUUUGCGACUUCGAUAGUAUACCAAUGAACGGCGUUUGUGUGUCGAGAAUGGAAAACUUGGGCCCUAAUGAACGUUGCUCUGAUAGGCAAAGAUGUCGUGAUGGUCUCACGUGUUUACUCGGUCGCUGUGUUUGUCACUAUGUUGAUGUCUCAUGUGAUGCAAAUGAGUCCUUCACUUCACCUCCUGGCGGUUCAUGUACAGAUGGUCGAGUGUGCAUUAAUGGUUCUGUGUGCCAUAAUGGUCAAACUCAAUCAACUGGCAGUCAUGUAAACAUCAUUCAUGCAAUGCAUGAACGGAAAAUUGCUCCUGGAUCGAGCUGUGGACCACUGGAUUCUUGCGAUGGAGGUUCAACGUGUGUGGAUGGUUCAUGUGUGUGUGCAGCUGGUAUGAAACCAUCAGCAAACGGUCUAUGUGAGCCAGCCACAACAUCGAUGCCUUCGAUGUCUUCUGUUUUAGUUCUAAAUCCAGGAACUCCCAUUUAUGCACGUCCACGUCAGAGGUGUAACGGUGGUGAAAUCUGUGUUGGUGGAAGCUAUUGCAAUGAAAGAGGGUUGUGCACAUGUCCACCAGAGAAGCCAAUCCUGCAUGGAGAUGAGUGUACUAUGCAGCAAUUCAGUGGUAUCGCCGCUCCUGGACAGCCAUGCGACAGAAACACAGUAUGCACGCAAGGAAGCACGCAUCCUGCGAAAUGUACUGUUCUACUUCCAGUAAUGUCCGAAUGUCUCAGUGAUACACAAUGUGGGGAGCACAAAGCAUGCGUGAUGGGAAGAUGUAAAUGUAAAUCUGGAUUUUUUGACCACAAUGGUGUUUGUAAACCUCUUGAAGACAUAGAGAUCGGGGAGCGUUCUAUACCGAUCUCAUACGCGAAACACAAAGCGGAGACGUUGUCAUCGGAGCGUAUAUUCGAUCGCGACGAAAUCCACGAAUCUACCUCGUCAUCAAUAAUGACCUUACCCCGAACACACUCUAGGCAAACUAUUCAACAGCCACGUGUCGUGGGUACACCGAUACGACAACCGAAACCACAAAACAAAUCCGACACUGGGUCCGGUGCAGGAAACUAUAAGACCGGCACCGGAAACGGUGCAUGUCCACCGGAAGCCCUACGAUGCGUAUUCUGUCCAGGUUUGGCGCUUCGUAAACUGAGCUACGGCGAAUUAUGUCAAAGCGGUAAGGACACAUGUACACUUGGAGCAGAAUGCAUUGACUCGGUGUGCAAGUGUGGACCUGGGUUGGCACUGAGUACCAGUGGGUGGUGCGAGCGUUUGGAGUUUAAAUCGGUAAGUUAUACCUGGUUGAGUUCAGAACUAUUUCUCCGCAUUUUUAUAGAAGCAGCUAGUGUGAAGGGACUACUCUUCAAAAAAUCGGAUCCGGACACUCAAGGAACAAAAUCGUCACCGAAACCAAAAGUGGUCCGCCACCGCUUCUUGGGUACAAAAUGUCGCAACAAUGAUGUCUGUAUUAAUGGUGGCGAGUGUCGAUCUGGUUUUUGUCAAUGCCCUGAAAAAUCGUUUGCGCGAGAUGGAAAAUGUCUGCGUGAAGACCAGCUCCCUCGUGCCAAGCCGAAUGAAUCAUGUGAGAAAGGAAAGAUGUGCACUGGUGGUUCUAUUUGUGACAAUGAUUCCAAGACAUGUAUUUGCUCUGCUGAUCAUCUAAUAGUGAACGGAAUAUGCAGAAGCAAAGGGCACAGCCUUCUCCUUGUAGGUGCAGUGCCAUUUUCUGGGCCCGGUGAGUCGUGCACAAACGGUGAAAAUUGUUCCGGUAGUUCGUUUUGUGUAAGCGGAACAUGUCAAUGUGAUCGUGAGCACUACGCUGAGGACGGCUACUGUAGGCAUACCGCUUCACGAUCCUCCCCGAUUAAGUACCUGGCUGGUGGUGGGCUUCGUUUUAGCACAAAAGUAUACUUGCCACGUAUACCCGCUUCAGUGUGUGACGAAGCCACUUGUCGUCUACCUAAUUGCUUUUGCUCCAGAACUGGACGCCGACCACCUGGUGGAUUAUCCCCGAGAGAUAUCCCUCAGUUCGUAGUGCUCACGUUCGAUGAUGCCGUGAAUGGGCGUACUUUCCCCGAUUAUCUGGAAUUAUUCGAAAAAGUAAAAUAUAGAAAUCCAAAUGGUUGUCCAAUAAAAGCAACGUUUUUCGUUUCCCAUGAAUGGACCAACUAUGACGCUGUACAAUGGCUUUUCCAACAAGGGAUGGAAGUCGCAUCCAAUUCGAUUUCCCACGUGUCUCUGGAAGGAGCCAGUACUAACAGAUGGCUCAAUGAAAUGGAAGGCCAGCGUAGAAUUAUGGCUAGAUUUGCAAACGUUAACGAAGAGGACAUCAUCGGAAUGCGUGCACCUCAACUGGCCUUAGGAGGAGAUGAGCAGUUCGAGAUGAUGAUCCAAGCUUCUUUUCUUUACGACAAUUCUAUGUCUGUCGACCCAGGUACAAACACUGAGCCAUUUUGGCCUCAGACAAUGGAUCAUUCAGUACCUUGGGAUUGUUAUGACGCUCAAUGUCCUACGCGGCAAACCAAUAUGCUAUUUUCAAAUUUCGAGCGCAGUUAUCUAACAAAUCGAGCUCCGUAUGUGUUAUCACUGAAUGCUGAUCUUCUUCAACUUAACGGCAGAAAUACUGGAAUGGAAGCGCUGCAGCGGUUCUUAGAAGAAGUUCUGUACAAAAAGGAUGUAUACGUUGUGACAAUGAGACAGGUGCUGCACUGGAUGCGAAAUCCUGUUACGUUGACUCGUAUUUCCCAAGUAAAUACAAGUCAUUUUGAUUACACUUUAUUUAGUCUGCAACUUUUUUGUAUAGGGGGCAGGUAA